CUUACGUCACCCUGCUCGCAGGAAGAGGCGGGGCUCCACGGGCUCUAAGCCAAUAGCACUGCGAGGCACUCUAAGAGCCACUGGUGCAAGAUGGCGGCGCUGGGGGUGUUGCUGAGCUGUCUGAGGAGGUUGCGUCCCGGCGGUCGGUGCAGCAGCCUUUCUCCUACUUUACUGCGCCUAGUGAGAACACCACCCUGUUCUUCUCAGAAUGGAGCCUAUGUACCAAGCAUCAGGGUGCAGUGGGCAUCAUCCUCUACUAAGCCAGGGCAACCAGUGUCUGACUCUAGCGAGGGACAGAUCUACCUCAGCAACAGCUGUGUGAAGAGGCUGUUGGAGAUUAUAGAAGGGUCUGAGUUUCUCAGGCUGCAGGUGGAGGGAGGUGGCUGCUCUGGAUUCCAGUACAAGUUUUCCUUGGACACAGUUAUCAAUCCUGAUGACAGGCAAGGACAGAGGAUAAAGAGGGUGUUUGAACAAGGUGGUGCUCGUGUUGUUGUGGAUGUGGACAGCCUGGCCUUUGUGAAAGGUGCAAUGGUGGAUUUCAGCCAGGAGCUAAUCCGCAACUCAUUCCAGGUGGUGAGCAAUCCACAGGCCGAGAAGGGCUGCUCGUGCGGAACAUCCUUCUCUGUCAGACUCUGAGUGGACGACUCCUUGGGUGUUGCUUGGGUGGACAUUGAGCCAGAGACUGUCCUCAGCAUCGUCUCCAAGGGUUUCUCAUUUUGUUAUUUUCUCAGCUUCCCCAGUCCUCCUCCUCAAUCUGUUAUACAGUUACUGCAAAUAUCCCCGUUUGCCUAUUUGAACUGAGUCUGCAGCCAAGACCUAUAGGGCUCUCCCUCCAAGGGUUUGAAAUAGGCUUUAAAUCCUACACAAAAGCAUCUUCUGUCCUCUAUGAAGCUCCAGGAACUGCUGAAUAUAAUGAGCCACCUUGAUCUCCCUGAGCCACCAAGCACAUGGAACUGACUUUCAGGAGCUGCCUGUACAUGUGUAUUUGAUAUUGUUUGCUUUUAAAAAAACAAACUCAAUUUC